GUACCUGGUGGAUAGCCGGUGGUUUAAGCAGUGGAAGAAAUAUGUUGGCUUUGAUAGCUGGGACAAAUACCAGAUGGGAGACCAAAAUGUGUAUCCUGGCCCUGUUGAUAACUCUGGGCUCCUGAAAGGUGGAGAUUCACUGUCUCUAAAGGAGCAUCUCAUAGAUGAGCUGGAUUACAUUCUGGUACCCACAGAAGGCUGGAAUAAGCUGGUCAGCUGGUAUGGGUUAAAAGAGAACCAAGAACCAAUUGCACGAAAGGUGGUGGAGCAGGGCAUGUUUGUGAAGCAUUGCAAAGUGGAGGUAUACCUAACAGAAUUAAAGUUGUGUGAAAAUGGGGACAUGAACAAUGUCAUAACGAAGCGAUUUAGCAAAGCUGACAUCAUAGAUACAAUUGAAAAGGAGAUGCGGAAGCUGUUCAGUAUCCCGGAAGAAAAAGAAAUUAGAUUGUGGAAUAAGUACAUGAGCAACACGUUUGAACCCUUGAAUAAGCCCGAUAGCACGAUACAAGAUGCGGGACUAUACCAAGGACAGGUAUAG